CAAGUAUCCUUCCAUGUCAAAACAACAACUAAUUUCUCCACCCUCAAUCUCAAUACAUUUCUAUCAUCAAAAACACACGUACGUGUACUCUCUCUAAUCUCAGUGUUUUGUUUCUCUUGUAGAAACAUACACAUCUCCCUCUCUCUCUCUCUCUCUAACCUUAGUUUUUCGCCUUAUUUUCCUUCGGUUCGAUCUCUUCUUGUAACCGAGCCCUUCAAAGAUGAAGAGCAAAGCUUCCACUUUCCUUAAGGACGUUUUCUCCGUCAUCACUAGCAUAGUGAAGGCCAAGGCUAUGGCGGUGAAGAACAAGACCAGCUCCAUCAAGACCAGGCUCCUCGUGCUCGGCCUACUCAGGAACAAGAAGGUUCUGAUGAGCGCAAUCUCACACAAAAUCCACGCGCUUAUGGGCAAAGAGGGAGGAGGAGGUGGGCACCAAAACGACGAGGAUAACAGCCGGGCCAUUGUCUUGUACAAUGCAGAUAGGAACCUGCAGGAUUAUACCGAGACCGUGGAGGAGGAGGAAGACGACGGCUAUCCUGACCUGAGGCACUCGUUAUUCGAUCUGGAUGACGACGAUGAGAUUGGUGAUGGCACUGGAUCGGCGAUAGACUUUGUGAAGAGCUCUCGAGAGGACGGAGCAGACUUCAGCCUCGAAGACGAGAUCGACCUCGUGGCUGAUGUUUUUAUAAGGAGGUUCCAUAGACAGAUGAAGAUGCAGAAGCUCGAGUCUUUCAAGAGGUACAGAGAGAUGCUAGAGAGGAGUGUUUAAGAUUUGCGGGUUGGGAGCUUGAUCGAGGUGAUCAAUAAGAUCAUGUUUAUUAGGUUUUAGGGUUUUAUGUUCUAUGUUUUCUAUAGAGCAAAAGAUAAUUAAAAAAAACAAAAAAAAAGGUGACGUCGCUGCAUUUGUCUUAGAGGAAUGCACAGUAGAGGAUCUCAUCCUGAUUCUUGGGUGAUAAAUUUGUAUGUAUUUUCACUGAAAAUGUAAUUGCCUGGAAGUAUGUUCCCAAAAGUUACAUGUU